UCUUUCGUGUUUUCGAUUUACGUCGUGCUUCCUGGUUCGGAUUUUGCUGUUGAAGAUUUCAGUGCAAAACUGUUAGCGAAUGUUAAACAACAUUUACUCUUAGUUUUGUGUGGAAGUGCAACGUGCAAUAUAUCGUCAAAACUCUACAUGCCACCUAAUCGUCUUGCUUGCUCGUUAAAAUAGAUAACAGUUCAUGUUUGCCUUGCACGAUGUUUCUCUAUCUAACUUUACACACCUGGGGAAACAUCAGUUAUGAGAAAAAUGCCAUUCCCUAGCAGAUUCUAAAAUCGGUAGUCUGAAAGCGAUUAACGUCAACCAGAUAGUGACUUAGGUAAUGUUACCUUAACAUAAGCUAACCCGUAUCUGAAAAGGUGCGUGUUGAAUUUAGUUUCUCCUGCGGCGUUUGACAGUUGAAUGGUCUUUACCUUGUGAACCUGUGUGUGUGAGAUGCCACUCGUUCCUGCUAAUCAACCGCAGCUGAUUCGGUCAAGUCAAAAGGAUGACUACUAUCAGACAUGUCUCAAGAAUAACGCCAAUGAAGUUUUUCAGGCUUUCACUGGGUCCAGACGAUGGCUGAAAUGGAGGAAGGAGGUCGAGUUGCUCUCAGAUCUGAUCUACUGCAGCUUGACAACAUUCUCAGGGUUCCAGACACUGGGCGAGGAGUAUGUGAACAUUGUGCAGGUCGACCCCACCAAGCGCAGAGUGCCGUCGCUUUCACGCCGCGGUGCGUUCAUCUUCUUUCACGUUUUCGCUCCGUACCUGCUGGACAAGAUGCUGGUGUGCCUGGAGAACGAGCUGGAGGCUGAGGACAGACCUGGCGCUUAUAGGGACUCUUCUUCGCGCUGGAACCCCAUGUUCUACAUCAAAGCCUGGGUACAGAAGGCUGUAGGGGCCCUGACAGAGAACCAGAGGAAGAAGCUGGUGCCGGUUGUCUAUGCCGUUCACCAAGGCGUCACUAUUGUCCACCGCGUCCAUGUGGCUCUGUUCUACAUCUACAGCUCCUACUACCAUAUCAGCAAGAGAACAGCGGGCAUCGGCUAUCUGCGUGUUCUGAGUGGGGCAGGUGAUGAGAGGGCGAUCCGUAACAGCUACAGGCUGCUGGGUGCCGUGUCCCUGCUGCAGCUGGCCAUCACCCUCGCCCUGCAGGUCAACAACCUCCGGCAGAGACAAAGGGCCAGGCAGGAGUGGAGACAGCACAGGAACCUGCCCUCUAGCUCCCAGGCUGCUCCAUCUCCAUCCUCGCGAGCGUCUCGUUGCAUCUUGUGUCUAGAGGAGAGGAGGCACGCCACUGCCACCCCCUGCGGACACCUCUUCUGCUGGGAAUGCAUCACGGAGUGGUGCAGCAACAAGAGUGAAUGCCCCUUGUGCCGGGAGAAGUUCCAGUCGCAUCGGCUGGUCUACCUGCGCGGCUACAAGUAGAUCCAGAAGUGACCUUGGCUGACUGUUUCUCGCAGUGCAAGCCCACAGGACUGGCUUGUUUGGGGGUCAUAGCAAGUGGGAGGGUCAUGAAUUGUUCUGAUGGCCAGAGAUGCACAGAGGAUCAGAGCCACGAAGACAGAUGGGACUCCCUGAAGGGGUUAAGGUGGACAGUGCAUUAUUCACCUGUACCAAAAAUCCCUAGUUGUGUGCUUUCGUCCACACAGCUUGGCUGCAUGGCUUUCCUUCUUUUCAGUGUUCAAUUACACAGUAGAGCCAUGAGCUACUGGUAGAGGUCUUUUCAUUUGGGAAAUGGCAUGUUUGGAUAUGUAACUGGGAUAUUCAUGAUUGACACAAUGAGAAAAGUCGUUCAAUUUAUAACUUUUUUUUUUGUUUUUUUAAAUAAACUACUGCUUGGUGUGAUAAUAACACAAUCAGUAUUGGAUUGUAUCAGUCCCUAUAAUUCAAUGUCAAUGAUAUUAAUAAAAUGCUAAUAAUAUUAA